CUCUCUCUCUCUGUCUCUCCCUCCCUCCUUCUUUCUUAAUAGAGAGCAAGUGCUCAUCCUAACAAACGAAGCUGCCCUAGAACGCGGAAAAGGGUGGUUGUGCGCGAGAAAAAGCGGAAACAUCGCAAAACGGUCGGGCCUCAGGUGUCAAAACACUCAGGUGUCUUAUCGCAUAGGUCUGUAUGAAGCGAACAGCCGCGGAAGCGUCCAACGUCGGCGGCUGGUUGCUCACCUGGAUCGUCGGGAGCAUUCGUACUCGCUCGAGUUAGUGCGUGCAAGCGUACGAACGACGGAGUCGUAGCACGCGCGCGCGCGCGCGCACGCACGUUUUCGGAAAGACGGAAAAGGCACCGGAAAAGGGUCAGGAUUUGAUACCGAAGCCUACCGAAAAGAGCUGUCAGCGGACGUGUUGGGGCAGGUCAAUACAGCUGUACGAUCGCCUUCCUUCCUUCCUUGCUAGCGGGGAUCGCGGUCGAGGUCGGCGCCAACGACGAGGUCGCGCCGUCGAGGUGGAGCGAGGACGAAAGUCAAGGUCAAGGGUCGGUACACUGAUCAACACGCUGCGCCGAGAGAUCCUAUAAAAGACAUCGAGUGACACGAUAUCGAUCGGCUAUCGUUGCAAGAAAAUUUGAGAAGGAGUGCACCGCGACGAGAAUACCGAAAGUAGCAUUUCGCAAAGCAUCAAUGUCAAGAAUGCGAGCUAUCAGGUGGUACGUUUGGCUCGCGCUGUUGACGGCGGUGCUGGCGGUACCAGCGUCGCCGAAGGUGCGUCCCGACGAUCUAACCAAAGGAAAGAAAACCACUCCGAUCGCGCCUGGCGGAGGUAAGAAGGACGUGACUAUGAUUACCGCGACCACGGCAUCGAGACCAAUCGCGAACGCGACGUUCCCAUACGCCCUGAAGAACACCACUUUGCAUUUAUCAUCGCCCUUCUCGGCGUCUCCGUCGUCACUGGCUGCAGCGACCAGCACCAUGGCAGCGGCGACGGCAACGAUGACGGCGACAGCGGCGGUCGCCGUCACGACGGCAACGACGGCAGCGACGGCAACGGCCAUGGCGACGGCAACCUCAGCGGCGACGACGGCGGAAAUAGCCGUUACAUCCGCCACGACAACAUUGAAACUACCGACGAUCGUCACGAGAACGACGCCGUCGUUAGUGUCCACGGCGGCUUUCACGACGAACGCGACCUCCGACGACUUGGACAUUACCAGCGGCAUCACCAGCUCGAGUUCUACCUUCACCGAAACAUCUCCGAGGAUAAUCUCACCUACCCAACACACGGCCACAGUGUUGUCAAGGAAAUCAACGGCUGCGGCCGCCGCCGCCGCCGCCUCCUCCUCCGCUGCCAUCGCCGCCAUCGCCACCAAUGUCACGACCACUGCGCCUCUGACAUCGGCUAAAGAAACACGAGAAUCGCCCGGAAAGAUCAGACCGCAAAUCAAACUGACGACAAAUUACACCAGCAUCAGCGAGACGGGGGUACGACUACCGGAAGGAGCGAGUGUAGCUCUUGCAAAACCGACUAAGUAUCACUACUACCCGCACAAUCAGCACAUCUACUUGUUACCGGAAUGCGCCGUUCAACAGGUCUGCAAUGCUGUCUACGUUAGACUGAAUUUUACGCAACCUCUGUGUGCUUGUCCCGGUAGAUAUCGAGACCCCUGCAGCGCAUCCCUGGACAGUGACGAUCUACAUACAACCGAGCUGGUAACUGAUCCACGAACCAAGGCCUUGACCUUAGUGAAAACAUGCGAGCCGGUUGCCGAGAUGCGAGAAUGCAGAGCAUCGAGGGAUUGGUCUUUAUUGGCGUUGCAAAACGUGCGCACAGGAAAGUCUCAUUAUUUAGUGAUAUGCCGAUGUCCGGACACUAACAUACUUGAGGGGCCUAUGAGUCACGAUCAGCCGACUUACGCUAGUGUUCCUGGCAUCCGAGUCUAUGGGAUGAUGUGUGUGCAAGGAAACAGAAGAGGACGACCGUUGCGACAUUCGCGUAGUAUUUCAGAAGAACACACAGAUGGUAAAGAAAAGCCACGUUUCCCUUGGCACAAAGUACGACAGCUGAUGGUGACGUCUCUUUGGGAAUAAUUACGCGACUCGAUAUUCCGUCACCCAUGGUAUCUAUCAUCGACAAAUUUUACUCGUUAAUUUAUAUAACUCAUCGAGCCAUUAGAAAAUCCCUUCGACCAAGUUCUUCAAUACUAUUUAAAACUUCCAUUUCCCACCUAUAUAACUCUUAUCUGCUUUACCUAACUCCUUCAGAUAAAUGUACUGAGAUGCAACGUAUUCGGAUUCAUUAACAUGAGCUUAUCCCGCGUUUGUCCUUCAUCCUAUCCGCCUUCAUCUUGUUCUGAUCCUGUAUACUGUCGUAUACUAGAGGAUCGCGUAUUAUCGUUCUUAUUUAAUUAUUCAUUGUAAGCCCAUAUUUAUUACUCAUAGUUUUUAUGCAAUAAUGUAUAAUAAUUUAAAUUAUCGAUUAAUUUAAUUAUAUACGGUACCGAUAAACGGAUCAGUGGUAUGACAAAGGGACGAACGGCUCUGCCGUCAACGAUGUAAUGAACGGUUAUAGAAGAAAACAUUUGACGACUUGUGCGAGUGCACUGUUGUGUGAGUUUCCAAAAUCUGUUACAAUAAAUGUCAUCACUAACAUUUUGUUUUCACCAACAUUAUUUCACGAACAUCGAUACAAUACAGUAAUAUAUCAAGUACGAUAACUAUUGUACAUUCAUUUGAUCAAUUUAGAAAUUAUACGAUAAAUUACGAUGAUAUAUGAUAUAUGAUAAAAAUAAACGAUCACAGACUUUAUGAUUGAAUUUCUUCGGGAACGAAACUCGCAAGCAUGCUAUUAUCAUGAUUGCAUGAUUGAUCAUAUUUCUCUCUCUCUCUCUCUCUCUCUCUCUCUC